UUGCCCGGAUGUCUGCACUGCCCAGAUGUCUGCACUGCCCAGAUGUCUGCACUGCCCAGAUGUCUGCACUGCACUUUCUCCCAGAGUAGGGGCUGGGCGACAUUAAUGCACAGAUGAGGAAAUCAAACUCCUAGAAAUGAAACUGUGAAAGUCUCAAAACCUUAAGCCUCCUGGGUUCAAGAUGCUGAUGAUGUUUGCUGUGAAUGUGCUGUGUGCUGUGGAUGAGAAGGGGGGGCCUUACAGUCUCGUCCACUCACCCCCCGACAAGGCUUAGCCCCAUGCUUUGCUCAGCUUUAAAAUCCUACAGCUCUGGGGUUGGUACUGAACCCCUCCUUGUGGAGAUGGGAAACAGAGGCUCCCAGAGAGGAAAGCACUGGUGAUCACAGCAGUCCAGGGCGGAACAGUGACGAAGAUCUAGGGGUCCUGACUCCCCUGGGACUUGUCCCGCCCGACACAGUUGCCCUGUUGCUUUCUUAUCAGCGUCCUGGAGUGUGGUGAAGCAUGAUGAGGGACCCUUGGUGUAGCGUCUAACCUGGAGAGACACAGCAGCCCACGCUGUGGCUCUGUCAGUGACUUGACCAUACUGGGCGUGUCCCCUGUAUCUCCAGUCAUCUUCCCUGUGGCGUCUCCACAUCACACAGGUGCCACCAUGUUGGGCUCCCUGUUCCUGCUGCUCCUGGCCAUGGGCAGAGUGCAGACAACUCGGCCAUGUUUUCCCGGAUGCCAGUGUGAGGAAGAGACUUUUGGCCUUUUUGACAGUUUCAGCCUGACUCGAGUGGACUGCAGCAGCCUGGGCCCCCACAUUGUGCCUGUGCCCAUCCCUCUGGACACAGCCCACCUGGACCUGUCUUCCAACCGGCUAGAGACCGUGAAUGAGUCGGUGCUGGCCGGGCCAGGCUAUACCACACUGGCUGGCCUGGACCUCAGUCACAAUCUGCUCACCAGCAUCGCGCCCACUGCCUUCUCCCGCCUGCGCUACCUGGAGUCGCUCGACCUCAGCCACAACGGCCUGGCGGCCCUGCCAGCUGAGGUUUUCUCCAGCUCCUCCCUGAGCGAUGUCAACCUCAGCCAUAACCGACUACGGGAGGUCUCCAUCUCUGCCUUCUCCACCCACAGCCAGGGCCGGACGCUGCACGUGGACCUAUCCCACAACCUCAUCCACCGCCUGCUCCCCCAUCCAGCCCGGGCCAGCCUGCCUGCACCUACCAUUCAGAGCCUGAAUCUGGCCUGGAACCGGCUCCAUGCUGUGCCCGACCUCCGAGACCUGCCCCUGCGUUACCUGAACCUGGAUGGGAACCCUCUUGCUACCAUCCACCCAGGUGCCUUCAUGGGGCUGGCGGGCCUCACCCACCUGUCACUGGCCAGCCUACAGAGUGUCCCCCAGUUAGCACCCCAUGGCUUCCGUGAGCUCCCAGGCCUACAGGUCCUGGACUUGUCAGGCAACCCCAAGCUCCAGUGGGCAGGAGCCGAGGUGUUUUCAGGCCUGGGCUUGCUGCAGGAACUAGACCUGUCGGGUACCAGCCUGGUACCCCUCCCUGAGAUGCUGCUCCAUCACCUCCCAGCUUUACAGAGUGUUAGCGUAGGCCAAGAUGUGCAGUGCCGGCGCCUGGUGCGGGAGGGUGCCUACCCCCGGCAGCCUGGCUUCAGCCCUAAGGUACUCCUACACUGUGGAGACACCCAGGGAUUGGCUGCCAGAGGCCCAGACAUCUUGUGACAAAUGGUGUGGCCUGGGGCCACUUGACAGACUGCUGUCCUGGGCUUGCUCAGGUCCCAACUAACUUAUAUGUUAAUGUGCCAAUGCCUGUGGGGAGUCUACAGGCCUAUGUGGCGGCAUCUCAGUAAAGCUGUGGGCCAGGGAUAGCUUUCGUACUUGGGGCCUGCACCCAGUAACAGAAUCUACCCGUUUGUCUCAGUGGCUCCCGUCCCGGAACUGUGAGCAGAGGGACUUGGCUGCCGAACCAGACUCUGGUCCCUUCCUGAGCCCUGCCGCAGCUGUCCAUAAGUGCCUUCCUUCCCUUUGGCCUGCCCUGCCCUGACCCACCGUGUGACAGGGUGGGUGGGUGGGGGUCAGCUCUGCAAAUGCUGACUCAGCUCCUCUGGCUGGGGGCUCCUCUGAGCUCAGUGUCUAAGCACACCUUCUAUGAGGCCUACUUCUUCCUUUUCUCAUGGAAUCCUGGGUAGACUCUUAAUUGUAGAAGGACUUAGAGAGAAAAUCAAAUCCACCCUCCUUGGAGAACAGUCGGGGAACAGGGCCAAGAGCAGCAGAUGUGCUCACCUGAGAUCGUGGAGAGGUGUGAAGAGCCCAGCCUCCUGCUGAGGGUGGGGGCCAUGGACUUCCCUGUCUGUCAUCCAUCCCCUCCCCUGGCCCUAUGACCGUUGUCUGUGCUCGUUCCCAUUAUGGCCAGCAGCAGCGACAGCAAGGUCACAGAGGUGGCACUCUAGGUCCAAUGGCCAGCUCAUGGUAUGAGCGAAGUCAGUCCACCUUUCAGAGCCUCAGGAAGCUUGGGACAUGUCAGUCCCAAGCCUGUCAGUUUCUUAUUGUGGGGUGGGGGUCCCCUAGCAUCAGGACUGGAAGCGUGCACAUUUUCCCCAGAGACCCUGUCUCAUGAUACUUCCUAAGAAGUCAAUGCAAUUUUGGCUUUCUGGCCAUGAGCUCCAAGGGGACUUGUGUCCACGGGCCAGAGGCCCAUUCAUCCUCCAGGAGUACAGCAGAAAGAGACAGGGUUUCCCAUAGAGACAGAGUUUCCCAUGCACAUUAUGCUUACCCCCAGGGUCGCAUCUCAGCUCUCUAGCCCUGGAUUCUCUCCUUUGUCUUCAUUUUACGAGAGUCAUUGCCUUUUCUUAGUGGACUGUCACUUUUAACCCCCACCUCUGCUGGCCGGGGAUGGAAACGAAGAUAAAUGUAUUUGUUCACUUUUGUAAGACUGUUCUGGGCAUGCGUUGGGGGUGUUGGGAAGAAGCCAGCUAUCAGUGACCAUGUGGGCACUGGGGCUGGCCCCAGAGAUGCUCACAAGGCAGUGUGAGCUCCGUCUUGCCACACUAGCCCAGCCCAGCCCAGCCCCUGACUGGUCCUUGGUUUAAUAAAUACGUAGAAGAGUU